AUGAAGUGGCCCUUCCGACUAUUCCUCUGCUUCAGCAUAGCACUCCUCCUCCCCCUGCUUCUCCUGGACUUCCAUCUCCGUGAUCUAUGCGACCAAUACCAGGCAAAGCAAUAUGCCAUCGACUGGUUCAACUCUUGGUCCACCGCAGCAGGGCCGCCAAGGAACAUGACAGAAGAUUACGGUGACAAGGUGAUAGUCGUCGCUAAACUACAGGAGGAAAACACCGACUGGAUCGAGCAAGAACUACCCGACUGGCAACGGGCCAUAUACACCGUGAACCCCUCCCAAGAAGCCGUGGCCGACACCCAGCAGGUCAAAACCCCGCUCAACAAGGGCCACGAAUCCAUGGCCUAUCUGACCUAUCUGGUCGAGCACUACGAGCACCUGCCCUCGACCAUCGUCUUCCUGCACGCGCAUCGCUCGGCGUUGCGGGUUGAUUUUGUCCAGCAGAAUGGCUACGUCAACCUGCGAUGCAACGCGAACCCGGGAUGCGUGAGGACCGCAUACCCCCACGGCCAUCUGACGCCUCAGAUCUUCCGGGAGGUCUUCCAAAAUACCAGCACGCCGCCUGCAGACGAUGACGACGACGACAACACUGGGGUCAUGAUAUCCCAACCGAGCGACGGGAAAAAGGCUCUUCAGAUUCCGGUCCGGAUUGCGGCGCCGUGCUGUGCGCAGUUCGCGGUGUCCCGACAGCGGGUGCUGAAGAGACCCCGGGCUGACUACGUGAAGAUCCGACAAUGGGUCAUCGAGACGGAUCUGGACGACGCGCACAGCGGCCGGGUGAUGGAAUAUCUUUGGCAUAUUAUUUUCGGCAAAGAACCCGUGUACUGUCCGGAUUCAACACUGUGCUACUGCCAGGUGUAUGGGCGGUGCUGA